CAGUAAUGCUGAACUAAGUAUAAUUCCACAAUCAACAAUUUACAACUGCAGCAGUGGUCAUUUCUCUAUGCCACUUUUAACUGAUUCUGAAGAUAAUGAAGAAGUGAAUGCUAGAAGAGAAGAGAGAGAAAGAAUUGCAUUAGAUUGCAUUGCAAAGUGCCAGCGAUCCUCAGCUUGCAAGAUGACCAGCCAAAUUACUAGUUGGGACACGAGGUUUGAGUCAGGUACAAAAGCAGCACUGCUGUUGCCAUUUUCUCCGAUCGUUAUUGCAGCUGAUGAAAAUGAGCAAAUAAGAGUGUGGAACUAUGAUGAUGUGCUACCGGUAAACUCUUUUGAAAACCAUAAGUUGUCCAAUAGAGGGCUAUCUAAGCUUUUGCUUAUCAAUGAACUCGACGAGAGCUUGGUUUUAGCUGCCUCAAGUGAUGGAAAUGUCCGUAUAUGGAAAAACUUUAAUCAAAGGGGAGGACAAAAACUUGUAACUGCUUUCUCAUCAGUUAAGGGUCAUCGAGCUGCUGGUCGCAAUAUUGUGAUCGAUUGGCAGAAACAAUCUGGUUACCUGUAUGCAUCUGGUGACAUGUCUUCCAUCUUGGUGUGGGAUCUUGAAAAGGAACAACUUCUCAGCACCAUUGAGUCCCCUGCUGACAGCGCGAUUUCUGCACUGUCUGCAUCUCAGGUUCGAUCUGGACAUUUCGCGGCUGGUUUCGCUGCUGGUUCUGUUAGGAUAUUUGAUGUCCACACACCUGAUAGGCUUGUCUAUAUGGCGAGGCCGCAUGCCCCAAGAACAGAAAAGGUUGUUGGCAUAGGGUUUCAGCCUGGGUUUGAUCCAUACAAGAUUGUAAGUGCGUCUCAAGCUGGGGACAUUCAAUUUCUUGAUGUUAGAAGGGCAGCAGAACCUCAGGAUGUAAAACCAUACCUGACUAUCGAGGCACACAGGGGUUCACUUACAGCGUUAGCUAUUCAUCGGCAUGCCCCUGUUGUCGCGAGUGGUUCAGCCAGGCAGAUGAUUAAAGUGUUCAGUCUUGAAGGAGAACAGUUGACUAAAAUUCGCUACCAGCCGUCGUUUAUGGGCCAAACAAUUGGCAGCGUGAAUUGCCUCUCUUUCCACCCAUAUAAAUCACUCUUCGCCGCUGGUACUGGUGAUAAUUCUCUUGUCUCUAUCUACGCUGAGGAAAAUUAGAAGAUGGCCUACAUCUUGUGACAUGCAAUCACAAUGCAAUCGGUAGGCCUUAUGUUUUGGCCGAUGGUGGCUCCACGCCAUGGUCCAGCUACAAGAUCCCAGAUGAUGUGAAAGCCUUGUGACCGACAUGGUGGUGACGGCGCCGGAGCAUUUGGCAGUUGGACUGACAUGUACAGUUUGUAAGAUACAGAUAAAGAUUCAGUUUGCCUCCUUGGAGAAGGUUAUGAAACCCUACCCUAGAUCUGUCAUUGAACUUGGAGGCUUACCCCAAAUAAUCAAUCAUACCUAGGUUAACCAAAAUGUAAAUAGUCACCUAAUUUGGGUUGUCCUUUGGUUUGCCAAUUGUAAAAAGGUUUGCAGACGUUCACCAUGAUAUUUUUUUAAAAAAAGGUUUGGUAGGGCUACUGCCUGGGCAAGCGGGGUUGUGUAUUUGGGCCCAGCCGCCCAGGUAGAAUGCAUGAACAUGCAUCACAGAUGGCGACAUUGUCUGAAUAGAUAGAUGCAUUUGUCCAGCUAAUAUGGAGCAGUAGAUGGUAUUAGCAUGGAUCAACCAAUGUUGUGGAA